CGCAAAUCGAGGCUGGAACGCAGCCACGUGACCUGACCAAAGCUAGUGGUGCAUUGAGCGGGAGAGAUUUCGCAAUAUGGCUUCCGUGUCCGGCCUCUUCCAGUGCAGCAACCCAAAAAAGUGGCGUCAGGUCUCUGAUAUGUACUGGGAGGUUGUGGCCGCGAAAGGAGCAAAGCAGAAACAGUUUGUGGAGCUGGACAAAUGGUACCAGGAGGAGCUGCCCGCACGCAUGGCUGCUCGCCCGCAGAAGUCACUGACUCAGGAGGAGCUGGUGAAGCUCAUGGAGUGGAAGUUAAUGAGAGGAAAGUUCCGACCGCGUCUGAAGCAAAUGGUGUCAUCUAACCCAGCGAGUACGGUAGAGAGCUGCAGCAGGAAAGCGUUCCAGCUCCUCCCCGAUGUAUCUGCCGCCAUUGAUGAGCUGUGCCAGCUGAAGGGCGUAGGACCUGCCACGGCCUCUGCGAUCUUGUCGGCUGGUGCCCCCGACCUGGCAGCAUUCAUGGCAGAUGAAGCAGUGGAGAGCGUGCCCGGCCUCACUCCUAUACAGUACAAUCUGAAACACUACAUGAGGUACCUGGAGGAGCUGCAGAGGAAGGCUGAGGCCCUGAGCAAAGCCUCACAGCAGGAGUGGACUCUUCACCAGGUGGAACUGUGCCUGUGGACCUGGAAAAUAGCCCAAAAACUCUGCCCCGAGCUGCUGGAUUCUCUGGAAGAUGAGGAAGAAAAACCUACCAAGAGACUGAAGACACAACCAUGAGAUGUGGGCCGGGAUGGAGAACACCCUCCAUUAUUAUGUCCGCCAAGCCUUUUUUCUUCACUUGCCCCUUUAAGACCUGUUUCUAUAAUAGGGGCCCCUGCUGCAUUAGCUGAACCUGCAGGCCCCGUCCUUUGCUGUAUACCCAUCAUAAUGGUCCUAAAUGGUGUGCAGAGGAAAGCCUAUAAUGCACUUCACCCCAUUUCCCGGCAUUGUGAGAAAUGUAGUGUGUACACGAAGCACAGUAAACUGAUAUUGGGAAUGACGUGAGCUAACAGAAAAACAGCAGAACUACGCACGCAGCUCUGGAGGUGACGUUACUAAAAAUGGCUUAUUGGCAAAGUAACUCGCAGCACCAGGUCCGUCAUGUACAGCAUGAUGAUUUUAUUCAGUCUUUUUUAAGCCAUCGUUAUUUUCCUUGUACAAAACAUUGCGACACAAUCUCCAUCAUAGAAAAUUAAAGGGGUUCGUCCCUGACUCCUUCCCAUGGGGUAUAUAUAGGAUUUUGGCACUUCAGACAUGUGUCAAGGGUUAACCGCAAAACAACCGGUUAAUAUGGCGACACAAUGCGACUCCUUAAAUACUACCUCAAUAUAUACUGCUCCAAAUAAUAUAGAUUUAUCAUUCAUGUUUUAUAAUCAUCCUGUUCUAUAUUGCUCUGAUUUUUUAUUUUUUUUAUGUAUUCACUGUUGACUCUUGAAUAAAUAAUUUUCUUAAAUACAUAUUUUUCUUAAUCUUUAUAUAUAUAUAUUAUCAUUUUUGUAGAAUUUUACUUUUGCACAUAGUCAUAGUGUUUGCUGCCAUUUAAUUUUGCCUGCACCGAUUGGGAUUUUACUAAAAAUGGCUGCCACUACAUUAGAACAGUUUUUUUCUUCAAAAUGGCUGCCAGUUGCUCUUAUUUCAUGUCAAAAUGCGUGCCACUUCCCCUUUGUUGCCUAUAGCAACCAAUCACAGCCCAGCUUUCCUUUGUGGAAAAAUGAAACUUGGGCUGUGAUUGGUUUCUAUGGGUAUCAAGGCAGUUUUUGAAAUGAGGCUCAGUGUGUGUGUGUGUGUGUGUGUGUGUGUGUGUGUGUAUAUGUGUGUUUGUUUCAACCAACCAAAGCCCAGCUUACAUUCCUAAUGUGCUGUGGAAAAAAUGAAACGCAGGCUCUGAUUGGUUGGUGUGGGCAAGAAGGAGAUUUGCCAAGAAAAAGAUGUAGUCUGUUUUAAAAUGGCCGUCUGUUAAUCUUCUGAGGUGAAAAAAGUGCUGCCUAUCACCUUCCUGUCCAUAGAAAGAUUGAAACGUAAGGAGAAGUCUGUAUUUUAGGUCUCUCUUAAAACGUUAUACAGCCUGUCUGUUUAUAAUGGUGCAGUAUGUGGAUUGACUGGAAUAUUUUUUAACAUCUUCUAGGCCGGUACGAGAUAAAAUCCUAAUGUGACAGGAUUCAGAUAGAGAAUUGUUCUAAAAGCCAAUUGACAUUCAUGUGUCUUCUAUCAAAACAUUAAGCAGUAAGUUGCCGACAGAUUAGCGCCGUAUUUCCUCUCGGCUGAGGAGAUGUCAUCAAAUUGACUAAAACUGAGGCAACUGUGAGGAGCUACAAAAUGCCAAAGGUGGGUUAUCAUCGGGCGCACGUUACUCCAGCUAAAUGGCAGAAAAAAUUACUUUGUUUUACUGUCUUUGCAUCUUUUUCUCUAGUCACAUCCAAAGCUGCUCUCAAAAUUCUUCUGGUUGGCCUUGGAAGGAAACAGACGUUUAGUCGCCCCCUGGUGUCGGACUUGUGAGCUUUAGUCGCCCCCUGGUGUCGUCUGAGCUCCCACAAUGCACUGCUUGCUGGUAAGAGGAAACCAGCUGGAUUGUGAACGCAGCUUUGUAUGUGAAUGGAUUACUCGAGAUUUUUGGGGCUGCACGGCAGCAAAGUGGUGCAACCGGAAACUUUUGUGCGACUCUUUUAAAACUUAAAAUACAUCGAAAUCACAGAAAAGUGGCGGGCUCGUCGCACGCGACUUGCAUGGGAAAGUUGCGUGUGACUGAUGACCUGCGACCAAAAAUCCAACAGUGACUCCCAUUGACCAUUAUUAGAUGCGUUGUUGCUGCGUGAAAUCCCGACCUUUAUGUGGUGCAUCACAUGCCGCUACUUAGCCCCUGCCUAAAGAAAGGCGAAAACCCGUCGUGCAUUAUCGUUACCAACCCCACAAAGCCAUUCAUUAUCUUCCAUGUCGCUGUUAAAAAUUGCGCUCCUGGGCCCAACCAUAGUAAGUGGUUCAUAAUUAUAAAAAAUUUAAGGCAUUUCAAAUAAAAAAAAAAAAUCCAAAUAAAUAGAACACUUCUCCUUUAAAGGCUACGGACACAUUCUGGUCAAAUUUUUAGGAUUGCAUUGUACUUAUUUUUGGGGGAAAAUAGCUAUAUUCGGUAGGUCUAUAUUACAAAUGUUCAGCUGUUGUGAAAUUGGUCUGUUUGCCAGCUGUCAGAUUCUAUUUUCUUUGAAUCCUGUCAUCUGAUGGCUCAUGUGUAGCUGUUAUUUCUGAGCUCCUUACCGCAUAAACAAUUUAAGCCAUAGUCAUAUCGGUUUGUAAACUAAAGCUCAAUUUUUGUCAAAGUCAGGAGCUCAGAGAUAAGAGCUACACUUGAGCUGUCAGAUAACGGGAUUAAAAAAAACUAUUUGUAAACAGACUGAUUUUUAUCCCCCGUAUCUCAGAAUCGGCUGAUCAUUUUAGUAAAUACCAAUUAAAAAAAAUAAUAAGUAAAUAUGCAAACCUUAAAGAAAUUGCCCCGAGGGUGUCUGUUCUGUUUUUGUUUCAGAUAUUGUAGCCCCCACUUUUGUCACCCCUUUUCCAUCUUCCUGAACAGCAUGCAGCGAUACGAGAGGAUUAUUAAAAAUCAUUUUAGGGGUAAAUUCUCUUUAA